AACAAAAAUUUUACUUCAGUUUGGCAUCCAGAUUGCCGAAAAUCGAUUUUCCCGUGAUUCCCAAUCCGCCGCGUAUUGCACUUCCAAAAUGGCCCUGUACGACGACCUGGACAGCAAGCAGGGCCCGGACAAGGUGGCCGGCUGGUCCUCCGGCAUCAAGCUGCUCCAGUCGCAGCUGCAGGCCAAGAAGGCAACCCAGCCAAUCAUUCCGCCGAAGCAGCAACUGCUGAGGAAAAUGACGCCCAUGGUCAACCUGAAGGCGAAGAAGGAAAAUGUGGACCUGUUUGGGCUUGGCGGGGGGAGUUCUGGUGGUGGGUCGAAGUCGGUCUCGACGACAACGACGGUGACGGUGGCAAGUAUUCCGUCGGCGAGCGGUUCCAACGCGGGCGAUUCUUACAGCUGGGAAGUGACGGACGAGUACGAUCCGUUGUGGCCAAACGAGUACGACAAGCUGGUCAAGGACCGGAAGGCGAAGGAUGUCCCGGUGCAGAAGGCACCGCAGAAUAAUUAUGGACGGAACAGGCGGGAGUACAAACGGGGCGUUCACUUGAACAAGAACAUGGGGGAUGACGGUCCGGGCGGGAAGAAGAGUGGAUUUGCUGGGCGGCCGACUAGCGACGACGAGGACGAGUUCCAGCCUGGACAACAGAGGGCGGUGGGAGGUGCUGCGAUUGCUCCGCCGGCGUCGCUGCAGGAAUCGAUUGCGCAGAUUCCGGAGGGCUCGAAGAUUGCUCCGCUUACGGCGUAUGGUGGGAGUUCCGUGGCGGCCAAGAUUAUGGCCAAGUAUGGGUUUAAGGACGGCCAGGGGCUGGGCAAACAGGAGCAGGGAAUGUCGAUGGCGCUGCAGGUGGAAAAGACUUCGAAGAGGGGUGGUCGAAUCGUUCACGAGAAGGACAUGCCCGCGCCGGACGUUCCGAGUGGUGGUGCUGGUGCUGGUGGACAGACGGCGAUUCCCUUCCAGGAGGAACCAUCGAUAACGGAGAUAAUGAAAUCGCCGAGCAAAAUCGUACUACUCAGGAACAUGGUCGGUCCAGGCGAUGUCGACGACGACCUGGAACCGGAAGUAAAGGACGAGUGUCACACAAAGUAUGGCGACGUCAUUACGGUGGUCAUUAACGAAAUCCCGAACGUCGUGCCGGAGGAAACGGUUCGGAUCUUUGUCGAGUUCAAACGGAUGGAGAGCGCCAUCAAGGCGGUGGUAGAUUUGAACGGACGAUUCUUCGGUGGACGACAGGUGCGGGCCGGUUUCUACAGCCAGGAGAAGUUCGAACGAAUGGAACUGCUGUAGAAGCAGGUUCAGGGAUGGUUCGGACAAAUGCACAACACGCAACUAAUUUACGUAAGAGAAAUUUUCUGAUUAUGAAAAGCGGCAAGCAAAUAUAACGUGUAAAAAUGUC